UACCGCCACCGGUCCGUACCACCGAUACCCCUCCAAUGACGGCACGCUUCACCCCAUACAGUAGUCCACUACAAACUCAUGAUGCCGGUAUCCAUCAUAAUACUCAGAUAGCAGAUAGACUUGGUCAUGAAGGAGAUGAAAGAGCUUUUGCAAGGGCCGCCUGAUGUCAAGGCGGAGAGAGUUUGCUGGGGCUGCCAAAAAGCUGAGCUGCCUGGCAAGAAAUUCCAGCAGUGUCCUCAAUGCCAUCAAGAAGGCUUUAUUCCAGCAGUCUUCUGCUCUCAGAAGUGCUUCAAGAAGGCUUGGCCAAGACACAAAAAAUGGCAUAACGAGGAAGCUACGCAACAGAAAAAUGAUGUUGCACUUGAACAUAGUCUAAUCAAUCCUGACAUUGUGAGAACUUGGGGAUCGGAAUAUAACGAUCUUUGUAUGUCAGCAGAAAGGAAGACAUCUGAUGGAGAGAUUGCCGGUGCCAAAAAGAUACUUCGCAAAGCUCAAAAGCUGGAGCCACGAAGACCAGAAGCUUUUGAUAGACUUGCUGAAUAUUUCUUUGCAUCCGGACAAGAGGAAGAAGCCUGGUCUUGCUUGGAGGAAGCAUGCAAACGCUGGGCAUUUGUUGCUCUGACUGGGCAUCUCGCUCAAGAACUGAAUCAGUCUGGUUCUUAUGCUAUUGACUUUUGGGCUAAUUGCAUCGGAAAUCUUACUGCUCAAUACAUUCAAAAAAGCGACAACCAGCAGAAAAAACCAAAUUGGUGGCGCCAUGAUGCCAUGCUCAAGCGAGUCACAAAGGUGGCGCUCAAUACAUACACGAAAAGGGACAGGGCUGAGAUCGGUGAGAGCAUUUUCCAGUUGACGAAUGGAGCUGAGCACGGCGAGAGAAUUUUCCAGUUGUCCCGCAUGCAUGCAUACGCUUUGUCAGGCCAAAUCACUCAAGGAAUCCUUAACAGCAAGCUUGCGUUUCAUGGAACAUCUCAAGAGUUGAAGGAAGCAUCUGCUCUAUUCAAGUAUGUAUCAGAAAAGGAUGAAGCCAAUGCUGUUUUAUUCCAAAAGUAUUCUGCCGUAGCAAUGGUUGGUGCCACAGCAAUGGAGCAUGCAGAGGAGGGCAGAGAAGGUUGCACUGAUGUGGAGAGGGGCGAAGCUGGUUUGUGGGUUUUGAUCCAUGGUCUUGUAAGUCCUUCUGGUUUGACAGUGAAUGGCAAAUUUGGCACUGUCUGCUUGGAUGGGUUGGAAGCGAGCCGAGUUGCAGUGAAGGUGGAUGGAAUCAGCGCACCUAAACGGCUCAAACCCAAGAAUCUACUGGAACUUCCGUUUUCAGAGAAGACAGUGGCCCUUAUUUCAACUUUGAUGGAAGAUGACCAGUUUAAGUACGUGAGAGUUUCCAGAGAACUGGAAUUUGCUCACGUCUCGGUGGAACGGAUGUGAAACUGGGUGCCUCCCUUGCGUCACGUUCUGCUCCCAGCACUUGCUCGUAGCCCAUCGAUCGUUGCAUUGGCUUGGGUUGGCUAGGAAAUCAGUUUAUGGACAAUUGGCUGCCGCCACCAAUAGGCGGAGCAAACAGCUGGAGGUUGAUUAAUUAAAAUGGAAAUAAUUGUGGCUACAUACCAUGCCUUCGUAGCAGGGACUACUUCUGGUUGCUUUCCUUGAACAUGUGGGCUUGGAUUAUAUCUUCAUGGAUUUAUGUUACAACUGUUACAAAAUAAUGCUACAAGCGCCGGCGGCUGCAA